AUGUCGCUUGGCAGUAUAGAUUGGAAAAUCGAGAGGAUACAAGCUGAUUAUUGGACAACAGCAUUAAUCGCUCAUCUUAUACCCGUUAUUGUCCUGCGAGAUGGAUCUGGGCGGCAGAAACCCGACGAACUCUGCGAGGGAUUCCAGUCAGAAGCAAAGAAGAUCGAGACGUUCGGGCUGGCGCUGUCCAAAGCUUGCACGGAGAGUGAUCAGCCUAUCCUCGUCUACAUGGCGAAACUCAGACGUUGUUACGAUCCUUAUGCCGCCAUCUCCUUCGAGAUUGACUCGGGUCGGGAGAUUAAAGUCCAAAGCCUAAACGGCGAAGAAGCAGAACAAGUACUUUCGAAGGGCCUUCAUGUUCGGAAAUUGAGACACGAGGACAGCCCAAUGUGGUCAUUACCACAACUGCAGCUCGUACUGGAGCAGAGUCGAGCUUGUACUUCAAAACUGCUGAGCUGUCCACCUUUUACAAUUCUGACUUUCGAGGUUUUUAAACCACUGAGCACUGGCAACGAACUUGUAGACCUCGGCUACAGCAUCACAGGUCGGGGCAAUACUGCAUCUAACCUUAGGUCUCUUCAGAUGAAGAAAUCGGCAAACCCUCAAAAUAUGAUUUUUGCAAAGCAAACUCCAGCAUCGUAUUGCAUCACAACCCAGCACGCGAGCGAUGGAUGGAGAGCGGUUUUCGUGGAGAAAAAAAGUCACGAAUGUGUUUCCGAUGGGCUUUCAUGCUCUUAUGAGCACAAAAGUCUUCGCCGUCUGGCUAAAAGCCUUCAAGGACUGGAUAUUGGGAAAAAUAUCGGCCUGUUGAGUUUCAGAGAGCUGAUCGAGCACGAGAGCGGGUCCAGACACAGUUCAUGCCACCUUGUGUAUGAUUUACCCCAGAACAUGGCCGGACAAUCGCUGCUUCUGACCUCACUCUCUGAUCAAAUCGGAGAAAGUCUAUCGGCUGCUCGGCCGAUAAUGCCGCUGCGUUUGUUGGUAGCAAAGCGUGUCUGUUCAGCGGUGGCGCAACUCCACGCUGGUGGUAUUCUGCACAAGAACAUCCAGAAGAGUUCUGUGAUAUUCCUGAGCAGCAGUGAGCUGGUAAAAAAUUUCGACUGUGAGUGUGUGUAUCUUGUGGAUUGUGACUAUUCUCGGUUUGAAGGGGAUAAGACCUCGUAUUAUUUCAGUCACGAUCUUGAGCGAAACCUUUCGCGACAUCCCUCUUGUCAGGGCAACCCGAGUGAAUCCUUCCGGCUUCACCAUGAUAUUUAUGCUCUCGGUGUCUUGCUACUCGAGAUCGGCCUAUGGAGGUCAGCAAUGGACAUUCUGACUGAGCAAAACGGCAAUAUCCCGCCGUCGAGCUCAACUUCCCCAGUCAAAAUACGGAACUUGCUCAAAAAGGCAGCUCAGACACUGCUACCGCAAAAGCUUGGUUCAGACUACGCGUCGGCUGUGAAGGUCUGCCUGAGUGCGAAUGAUGGGUCUCUUUAUUCACCAGGGAAAGCAAGUGAUAUCUCUGCGGCUGAAGUAUGUGAACAGUUCGGAAACUCAAUAGCUCAGUGCAAGUAA